UCAAUAAAUUAAACAAAUGAUUUAAUAGAAUUAGUAUCAAGAAAUAAGUGAAGGCAUCACAAUCGAUAUAACUACACCCAACCAGCCUUCUAGAUCGUAUAAAAUAUUUGAACAACUAGGAAUGGGACAAGAAGGGGCUGUUUAUAGAGCAAAGCAAAUUAAUUUAGGGUCAACUUAAACUGAAGUUGCUAUCAAAUUUUCAGCUUAUAUUAAGGAAAACGUAAUGUGGUUUUAUCGUUAAAUCAUAGAUUAUUAGAAUAAAUACGAAAAACCCAAUAGCUCUAAUUAUUCUCCUUCAAAUAUUAUAAGAAUUUAUGAUGCUUUUCAAUGGAAUAAUUAUUAUGCUCUAGUAAUGGAAUUAGGAUAAACUGAUCUCUUUAAAUAUAUAGAGUAGAAUAAAAAUAAAUUGACUAUUUAAAAUAAGUCAUCUAUUUGCUAAUAAGUACUAAAUUCAAUUUAAAUAGAUAUUAACAUCAAUCGUCUUUAUACACUCAUAGAACCUCAUCCACAGAGACAUCAAGCCUGAAAAUUAUAUGAUGGUUGAUAAUUAGGUCAAGUUAAUUGAUUUUGGAUUAAUAAAGUUCUAUAAUAUUGAUUAAAAUCGUAUGACAUUAGCUGUUGGCACAAAACUUUUUCAAGCACCAGAGCUAAUUUAAGGGAAAUCGGACUACACCUAGGCUAUUGAUGUUUGGGCAAUGGGUUUUGUUUUUUAUGAAAUUAUUAAAGGAACUCAACUUUUGGAGGGUACAGCAAUUAUUUAUUAUAAUCCUAGUUUCAACAGCUAAAGAUUUAGAAGAGUUAGUAAAAAAACAUAUGAGUAAUCAAACUUACAUAUACAAUAAAAUAGAUGAAUUGCAAAUUUCUGAUGAAUGGAAGCAGACAAUCAAAAGAAUGCUUCACCCAGAUCCCUCUUAAAGAAUAACUGCAAAGGAAGCCUAUGAAAAAUUAUCUAAGUUUAAUAUAGUGAAGUUUUCAAAUUAACCUCCUCCAAUAACAGCAAAUUUUAUAAAACAGCCAGUGAAUCCAAACAACGGUCAAGCCAUCUAAUAAUAAUCAUUAUAAUAAUUGAUAACAUAAUAAUUAAAUGCAUUACUAUAUCCUUUUUAAGCUUCUAAUUUUAACAUCAAUUAAUAAUAAUAAAAAGAAUAAUCCAUCAAGUAACUUCAUAAUUUAAAAGAUUAAAUAAUAAAAACACUAAAUUAAUUAGAAAAUAAUCCUAUUCAAGUAUUAUCAACAAAUGGUUCUGACUCUAUUCAAGAAAAUCAAAAGUAAAAUUAAGCAGUUUUCAAGAAGGAGCUUCCCCCUAUUAUUGCAUAGAAAUUAAAUGAAAUAAAGAAAAUGAUGCAAGAGAUUGAGGAGAAAUCCAUUUCAAGUUAAUAAGAAGCUGAUUUAAAUGAAAAUUUAUAAAAGAUCAUGAGUGAAAUUGAAAUCUUAAAAAAAACUACUUAGAAUUUUGAGAAUAAAUAAUUAGAGUAUUAAUAAGUUUAAUAAAAAGUUGAUGAUUUGAAAUAAAUAUAAAAAAUACUUAUAUAAAAAGAAAUUUUAGAAGAAACUAGGAAAUAAUUACAAGAAAAAGUUAACUCUAAUAAUGAAACCUAUCUUAAAAAAGAAAUAGAAAGUCUUUAAGUAUCGAUUAACAAAUUAGAACAAUAAAUGAUUACAUUAAAUUAUUAUUAAGAUCUGAAAGCAAAAUAAGAAUAGACUAUUAAUGAUUUAAAAUAAUAAACCAAUACUUUAUCUAUUUUAGAAUCAGAGGUAGGAAAAUAGAAAGAUGAAAUACUGGAUUUAAAAGUUAAUCUCUAAAUUUUAGAUUCUAUUAGGUCUGAAAAAGAGAAAAAUGAAAUAUAUAUAAAUUAACUAAAAGAAGAAAUUACAAGGUUAAACUGCUAUAAAGCUGAGUUUGAAUAAUAAUAAUUAGAUAUUUAAGAACAAAAAUAAAGUUUACAAUAACUAGAAUGUAUUGAGGCUGAUGUUUAAAAAAAAAGAGAAGAAUUCCUUCAGAUAAAAGCUAAAUUAAGAGAAUUACCAAAUGAGAAAUAAAGAUUAGAAAAUUAUAAUAGAGAUAUUGAAAAACUAAAAGAAGAAGUAAAAAGUCUUGAACAAAUUCAACAAAGAAAUGAUUUUUUAAAUUAACAAAUAAAGGCAUUAAUAGAAUAAAAAAAUUUGAAAUUAGAAAAAGAGGAAGAGGGGAAAAAAUUAUAAUAAGAAAAGUAUCUUUUGGAGUAAAAUGGAUCCAAAUAAACACAACCAACAAGGUAUAAUACGACUAGAAAGUAAUGA